CGGGAGGCUAAUCACAUGAUCAGGUGGGGCUGCCGCUGGAGCCGAGCUGAGAAGAAAAAUCCAAACUGUCAACAACACGUUGAUUCUCGGACACAUUUAUGCUUAUAAAUAAUCCUCCCCGGUGAUUAACGGUUUCUGGAUUUUCCCAGCUGAUUUGUUUUCCCGCCUCAGGGGUUAUGGAGCUAACUGAUGGUAGAUUACACACCCUGUGACAUGUUGGCCCAAACAGGAUCAUGGCAACUUGCACCUCCUCCUAAACACUGCAAGCUCCUAGUGUCGUCAUGGCCUCCAGCUAUGCACCACCUUUCGAGGGCACAGGUGAAGUAAAGGAGGGCUUUCUCUGCCCUCUGUGCCUGAAGGACCUUCAGUCUUUCUACCAACUCCAAGGCCACUAUGAGGAGGAGCACUCAGGGGAUGAUCGGCAUGUUCGAGGACAGCUCAAGAGUUUGGUUCAGAAGGCGAAGAAAGCAAAAGACAAACUGUUGAAGAGGGAUGGAGAUGACCGGCCAGACACUGGCAGUUAUGAGUCCUUCUAUUAUGGUGGAGUGGACCCAUAUAUGUGGGAACCUCAGGAACUGGGAGCAACUAGAAGUCACCUGGACCUGUUUAAGAAACACCGGGCAGACCGCAUCGAUCAUUAUGUCAUUGAAGUCAACAAGCUCAUCAUUAGACUGGAAAAGGUCUGCCCACUAAAGCUGAAGAAAUUGUUGACGGCGUUCGAUCGGGCCAACUCAGAUGCUGCUAAAAUCAGAGCCAUUGAGAAGUCUCUGGUGUCUUGGGUGAGUGACUCAGAUGUCCCUUUCUGUCCUGAUUGUGGAAAUAAGUUUAACAUCCGAAACAGACGGCACCAUUGUCGGCUCUGUGGAUCCAUCAUGUGCAGGAGGUGCAUGGAGUUCGUCCCCCUACCUUUGGCCCAGAAGCUCAUUAAUGGGACUCGAGAUGCCCUGUGUGUGCCUGGAAGCCCCAGUCAGUCCCAGUCUCCACCAGCAGUGGGGGGUGGCAGUGGGAUGGGCUCGAGGAGGGGCAGCAUCACCAGCUUGAGCAGCGUAGCCUCCAUAUUAGAAGAGAAGGAUGACGAGAAGAUUCGCUGCUGUCACCAUUGCAUGGAAACGCUGCUGAAGAGGCAGCAGAAGUUAGAAGAGAAGGAUCACGUUCCAGAUAUAGUGAAACUUUAUGAGAGGCUCAGGAUGUGCAUGGAGAAGGUGGAGGAAAAGGCUCCAGAGUACAUUCGAAUGGCGGAAUCCCUCAAUGCUGGAGAAAUCACAUACAAUCUGGACACUGCUGGUGGACUAAAGCUGGAAGUGCAGAAAUACUACGAACUGAUUGAUGCUCUAAGUAAGAGGAUUUUAACACUGGGGGUCAAGGAUGACCCGCAGCAACACCCGAAGGUGCUCCAGCUACAGAGGAUGAUACGCUACACAGCCACACUGUUUGUCCAGGAGAAGCUGUUGGGGCUGAUGUCUUUACCCACUAAGGAGAAAUAUGAAGAGCUAAAACAGAAGAGGAAACAGGAACAAGAGAGGAGGCUCCAACAAGAGAGACAGGCAGCCCAAGAGACUCUGAAGAGGAGGCAGGAGUAUGAGAAAAAGCGUCCACCGGCUAACGGAGAGUUGCCACAGGGCCCUAGAGCGCCUCGCAUGACUAAAGCUGGUGGCUGGCUGCCCUCUGCAGACUCAGUCCACACUCGUAGUGAGCUGGAAGACCCCCUCCUACAGCAGAUUGAAAACAUUCAAUCAUUCCUCCGUCAGGCACGCGAGGCCCGACGGACAGAUGAGGUCGCCAUGUUGGAGGAGAACUUGCGUCAGCUGCAGGAUGAAUACGACCAGCAGCAGACCAGAAUGGCCAUCGCACUCUCUCAAAAACUGGCUCAGGAGGAGAGCUUGCAGCAGGGGGAGCUCCAGCGCCUGGAGGCCCAGGAGAGGGAAGGGAGGGAGCAGUGGGGCUCCACUUUUAUUUCAACCCAGCCAUCCUUCACCUGGGAGCCAUCUCUGGAUAUCAGUCCAGCAGGAGAUCACCAGGUAGAGGAGGAGACAACAACAGAGAUCCUGACUUUGAAAACAGAGGCAAGUCCACCAGCCGUCAGGGCUCUCUCCUCUCUGACAUCACAAGAGGAUUCUCCUCCAAGACUAAGAAGCUUAGGAGGGCAUGUAACCCCCCCUAGUGGUGAAGGACAGAGCAGUGCCUCCUUUAACCCUUUCGAAGAGGAGGACUCCACUCCCACUGAAGAUGAUCCAUCCAAUCCCUUCUUUGAGGACAUCAAGAAGGAACACCUGGAAGUUUCCAACGGGAAGAAGGAAUACAACCCUUUUGGGGAAGGUGCAGACAGAAAGGAGGACAAACAGGCCGACACUGCACCAAGCAACCCCUUUGAGGAGGAAGACACUGAUGCAGGUAACCCCUUUAUGAACUCUGCUGGGAAUUCGCCUGAGGCCUCGACAAACCCCUUUGAUGGGGACGCCAAUGAUGAGGCUUUGCCUGACGUGGACAUGAUAGAGGAGGAACUGCUGCUCCAGCAGAUUGACAACAUCAGGGCCUACAUCUUCGAUGCUAAACUCAGCGGGCGGCCCGACGAGGUUGAACUCCUGUCGGAGAACCUCAAAGAGCUACAGCUCACUCUGCAGGAGCAGAAAAAAAAGAGGCACUAACACACUCUGGCCCCCAAUCACCUGCUAUUUACCAAGGCCUCCAAGGCUCACUCACUUUAGGAACGAUCAACCCAUCACAGAUUAAUUAAAUAUGUACCUAGAGUUAACAGUCCCUUAUUUUCUAACAUCUUUCUAGAUCAUUUAUCCCUGUAUAAGGCUGCAUAGGGCUCAGAUCCAACCCAUGCACGAAUUAGAGCACUAAGAGUGAAAAUCUAAUCUAUUUCUUCAGGCACACUUAUGAAGUUCUAACAAUGCAAAGAUGAACAAUGGAAGACAGCAGAAUGCUAUUUGGAUCAGCUUGAUGGUAUGAUUUGGUUAUGCAGUUGAAGCUGUGAGCAAAGUCCAAAGGUUUUACCUCUGCCCUGUGCAUGUGUGCAUUACGGUGUUCGUUCAUUUCCAACUGAAUGUUUGCACAGAACUGAUCUGUGUUGUUCUGGGCCAAGAACAACACAGUGAAGGGGUAACUUUUAGGUCUGCGACUGUAAACAGACCUUAAAAUUAAAAUAAUUGAAAUCACAACAAAUUAACUGAUUGUUGAUGUGACGCAUGUUCCCCUAUAGGUUUCUAUCAAGAGUUAAAGGUACAUUUCACAUCAUAAAGUCAUUUUUUAGGUGGACACUUGUUGUGCUAAUAAGUUUAAGCUUAGAACUGCAUAUUUGACAGAAUAACAGUGGCAGAAAUAUUUGGGUAGUAGAAUAUGCAGUUAAGUGAUUUUUCCCUAUUAAUCUAAAUUCAAACUCUUUGUAUAAAAGCUUUAGCUGAAAGUUUUGGUCAAAUGAGUUUCUGCUUGAUAAACUGCUUUUAAUGCACUUUGUUUCUAGAGAAAAAAAAUCAUUUGUGAUUCCACCAAACGCCAACAAAGUCAGAAAACAAAUUGUUCUCGUGCUGCCAUGUGACCUUACAGGUUGAGGUGUUGUUUUUGUUUACAGUGAGCCUUGUGCGGCUGUUUGAUGUUAAGCUCAUGGCUGGUCUCGUCUUCCUGCUCUCCUGGGCCUGCUCAUGGUGCAGGUUCUCUCUCUAGACCUUUAAUCCAGAGUUAAUCUGACACUAGAUCUGUAUGUACUUAACACAACAACACUAUUUAACAAGGGACACUGUAGAAAGAGUAUUAAGUGCUGAAAUCUGUGCGUCUAGAAAUACGUGAUGAUCUAAGAAAAUUUCAAAUACUUUGUUAGAUGUACGCUAACACUACAUGAAUGCCAGCAGUAUUAUGAUCCAGCGCUGCUAUGUUUGUCCCAAGUUGAAUUUGUCGAUGUGCUUCCUGUCAGGUUUUCCGUUUUCUUAUCGUGUUUAUCUGCAGAUCAUCAGACUAAGAUGUGGCACUAAAUACUUUUGUGAGGUGAAUUCCUUAGAUCUGUGUUAGCAGUACAAUAACUCACAACCGUUACUUUAAUAACUAGAGGUAACUCCUCAACACCAAUAAAUCACUCUGUAACAAUA